GUUAUGGAGUCGCAAGUAUCCCAUCUGCAUCCGUCUGCACAAUGAAUCAAGUGGUCGUACACCAUCUCCUGUGUCCAUUGCAUCUACACCAACUGAAUCAGCACAAGGCAGCCCAACACAUUUUUCAGUUGCAGGUUUAGGGCGACAAGGAAGCUCAGAAAGUGGGGAGGGCAACUGGAGUUUAGAUAAUAACAAAUCCUCAGGCGAUGAUGAUCUGCUUACAUCAUCUCUUGAUAUGGCUUCAUUCGAGGAAGUCACCCAAGAUAUGUGUCAAGAAAAAUCUCUCUAUCUGUUUGCUCGGUCAGACAGAGAGAAAGAUGAUUGGUUCCGAAGACUUGUUGCAGCAUCAGAAAUAUCUGUCAAGCCACCGGUCAAGACACAGACUACACCUUUACACAAACCAACACCUUUUGAUGAUGGAGAUAUGAUUCUCCUUGAAGGAAUAGGUGAACCAUCCAGUGACAGUGUGAAAGACCCUCUACAACAAGACACUUUUAGUACUACCCCACCUGAUUUGAGUUUUGAACGAUAUAUGGCACGUCUACUUUAUCAACCUGGAGGCAUGCCAUCAGAUGGAACACCAGGUCCAGCUAAUGUCUCAUGGAUCAAUGCAAUGGCUGGAAGGUUGUUUUAUGAUUUUCUUCGAAAUCCAUAUUGGGCAAAUAAGGUGCAAGAACGUGUUCAGAGGAAGCUGAGUAAACUUCAUAUUCCUUACUUUGUUGGGGAAGUGGUUGUUUGUGGAGUUAACUUGGGAUCAUCGAUACCACAACUUAAUGCUGUUGGGACUCCACAGUUGGAUCCCAGAGGUCUUUGGGUUGACCUUAAUGUAGAAUACAAUGGUAAUUUCACAAUGAGCCUAGAAACAAAACUAGAUCUGAUGAAACUGAAACGUACAGCAGGUAUGGGAGGGAACACACCAAACACUUCAUCUCCUCCUAGUCCAGCAGAACCUGCACCACAUUCGGUGCCAAGAGUAUAUACUCGUUCUCCGUCUUCCGACCGUCUGCUUCGAAAUCUUCACUUUGAAACUGACACUGAUGAUAGCGUAGAGUCAUCAAGUGAGGAAGAGUGUGAUGAAGAAGGUAUAGCAGCAGAGGCUGGACUUCCUGUUGGAGGUAGUGGUCCAACCUCUCGUCGUCUUUUAAGGUUGGUAGAUUCUGUAGCAGCAUCACGUUAUUUUCAGCAAGCUGCAGAAUCACGUUUGCUCCAGAGAGCACUUCAAGGGGUAAGUAAUACUCGAAUAGAAUUGAGUGUUGAAGUUCGGCGACUUGCAGGUACUUUAGCACUUAAUGUCCCUCCACCUCCUGCUGAUCGUUUGUGGUAUGGUUUCCGAGGAGUCCCAGAGCUAGUUAUGGUUGCUAGACCCAGGUUAGGGGAUCGCACACUCAACCUUCCUAUUCUCGUCGAGUUUAUUCAAAAGCAGCUAAGGCUUAUAUUUGAAAAAGUGUUUGUGUUACCAAAUAUGGAUGAUAUUGUUAUUCCUAUAAUGUCUCCACUUUUGCCAGGCCAACAUCACCAACCACGCCCUCCAUGGGAAUCAUCUUUUAAGCCCGUUAUUCCUCCUUCUGAAUCUCCUGUACCUAUAACUAUAACUUCAUGUCCUUCUUCCACACAUAGUACUCCCUCAGUCAAAUUCACUCCUUCUCCAAAUUAACAUGGUCAGGUAUUCUUCAUACAUCUCCUUUGUGGAGUUAAGACAUGUACAUUAUUUGACAUUCCAUGUUAUGAAAUGUUUAGUCCAAUUUUUAUCACAUAGGAGAUUUGUUCGAAUGAGAAGUUUGUUUACAUAAGUAGGUGAAAUGUAAUGUAAUUCUUCAGCAUAUGUAGUUAAAAGGAUGAACUAAUGAUGAACAGACUCACAAUGUAUUUCAGUGGGGUUCAGUGACAGGCCUUAAAGCUCAUUGAGAUGUUUUAUCAAAGUCACAUAGUUAUGGAAAUUUUUGAUUUUAUGAAGAAUAAUUGCUUAUGAAAUUAUACAUGGAUUGUCAGUACAUAGAAGGAACAUCUGACUGUAAGAGUGCUUAAAAAUUGGUACAUGCUAAUAGUAAUGACAGACAAUAUAUGUCCUGAACCUCAUACCAAAAAUAGGGGUUUUUCUUGUUAUAUAAUUGAAGACUAGAGGUGGACAUAGCUGCAGAUUUGUAUUCUGUUAUUUCUCUCUUCUUUUUUAUGUAGUUGGUAUUUUCUUUAUUGUUGGCUCUUAAGUGAGUGAAAUGAUGUAUUGUACAAAUCCUAAGUUUCUCCUGCCUCACCAUGAGUGUAAAAUUGUUGUUUCUAGAUAAAGUACAGUACAGUAGUUAAUUUUGCCAGCAGGUUGUUAAGGUACUAUAUAUUUGGCAAAAUAUUGAGAAGAUUCAUUGGCUAAACUGCAAAGUGCUUGAAUUGACAUUUGAAUAUAAUUAUUAAAGCAACUAAUCCCUUCAUAUAACAGUUAACUUAGUCAUUUGACUUUUCAGGCUUUAGAUGGAGUUCAAACCAGUGACCAUUGGGUUAAAUGCUUAAUACUUUUAAUUGAUUGAACUCUGAGUAGACAUCAAUGGUAUCAAAUUUCAUAUCAAACCCAUGACAUUUUUUACAAAUUUGUCUCAGGAUAUUGAAAUUGUGUAGGUGGGGCAAUUCAUUGUUGUGUUUAUGUUGGUUUAGUGGCUUUAAUCAUAUAUUCAUUAUUGCUGAAGAAUCAAUAUUUUUAGGUAAAUUGUAUGUUGACUUUUGUAAUGUUAUUACUAUAUAGUACCUCAUGAUACAUGCAAAAUAUAGGUUGUAUUUUGCCUAUAUAAAGAGCCAACUUACAAAGAUGAUUAGUAUUAUACAUUUAAUAUAGUUUUCUGUUCUUUAUUUCUGUGGUCAGUAAAGUGCACAUUCUAUGUAUGAAGAAUAUCAGUUGAUAUAUUGUAAAGAUUUGUUAAGUAGAGAUACUAAAUCUGUCCUGAGUUCCAGCUCAGAGAGAAAUUAGGCCAAAAACUUCAAGAUACACUAUAAUAAAUUUGUUGAAGAUCAUAUCACACUUAAAUGGUGCAGCUGUUGUAAGGCAUUAAGACUGCCAUGCAGUUUGGAAGUGUCUUAAGAUUUUAAUAUUAUUUUCAAGCCAAAAGAGGCUUACUGAAAUCCACUGUGGAAUGGAAUGCUUCACAAUUUUGGCUGUGUUUAGGAGAGCAUAGAUUGUGCCUAGUUGAUUACUAUGGUGGUUUCUGCGGUAGUAGUACUCAGUGUAUGUAGUAUGUAGUGUACAAUGUGUUCCUUCAUAUAUUUGUGGCAAUAUAUAGAUGGCUUUAUAUGUUUAGUGAAUCAAUUUAAAUAGGUAGAAUGAAAAAUAUUUUUGCACAAGGAAAUGAAGUAAGGAAUAGUUCAAGAUUGAUUUUUAUUUUUAUGUAAGUUUUGAAUGGACAAAUAUAGAACCUAACCAGUGUAUCUUUUCAUAUUCAAGUAGAAGCCUUUUAGUUAUCUUACUUGCUUUUGCUUCGAUGCUUUUACAGGCAUUGCUGGUCAUUACCUUUAUGCAAAUGAGGCUGAUUGUACAGCAUGUACUGUGUUAUGGAUUGUAAACCUGGCAAGUUUUACUGAUGCAGUUGUGUCUAGUCCAGAGAUUGAAGUUGGGUAAGACAUUUCCCCAGUAUGGAGAUCCCUAUGGUUCACCUAUCAUAACCUCAUUUUACUGUCAUUACUUAAUUUUGUUAUUUGUUAUUAACAAUAAGUGUAUAGGUAUAAUGCUUCAUGUUAGGUUGUAUGAAGGUUUAUGAUUAUUUGUGGGAUGACAGUUUACAACAAACAUUUUCUCAUUAAAUAAUGCUAUAUUACCACAUUGCAUUAUUAAAUUUUCAUUUUUUCCAUUAAUUUUAUUCACUUAUAAAAUGAAUUCACUUUUGUGCAGAAUCAUUUUCACAUAAAAUGAAUUCACUUUUGUGCAGAAUCAUUUUCACAUUUUGGAUAGAAGUAGAUUCUAGCUAUACUAUUGGAUUUAUGUCAGUAACUUGAGUAUAUAACAAAUGUUCUUUCAUUGACUAUCAAGUUUAAAUUUAUAAUUCUAAUGUGUCUUCUCCAGAGUGCUGUUUCCUGAAAAUAGUCAGAUGUGCCAUUUAGAAUGUGGAUAUAGCUUAUAUGUAUUUGAAAACUGUGGAAAUUAAUUAUACUGGAAUGAUUGUGAGACCAUCAGGAAUGGUUUUCAAGUUGAUUUUACCUAGGAAUAGUUUUCAAGUUGCUUUUACCUUUGAAUGUGCUAAUGAAAAUCUGAAAUAUCCCAAAAUGGUGGCAGUCAACCCCUCUUCAGCUGCUCAGUUGCAUCACUGGGCAAUGAACCUAUAUCUCUGAAAUGAAAGCAGGUGCAGGCAUAUUAAUUUUAGAAUUGCAAAUGUUAACACAAAGUAAACUUUUUACUACUACCAUUUAUGCCCUAGAGGAUCUUAUUGCUUAGGUAUAAGAAAGAAAGUUUAGUCCAGUGUUUGUAAGCCAAGGGAUACCAUAUAUUUCUUAUCCAAGACAGAAUAGUAACUCAGUAGAUCAGUUGAACUACAAUUUAAUAGGCUCUUACAUUGUCUUUAGCGUUAAUAUCGUCUUACAGGCUCAUUAUAAAACCCUUCUCCAUUUCAUGGGCUGAUUCACAAAUGCAAGCAUCCAAAUCUCAAAUUCCAGGAGGAAGAACAUGUUGAUAGCUGUAGGAAACUGCUGGUUAGACUAAAAAGGCACAACUCUUUACUGGCCAAAACUCAAGAGUUACUUAUGUAAAAAGUAAACACAUUUCUAGAUUCACUCAGGGCUGUCCCAAAGGAUAAAUUCUCAAAUGAGGGGGUAAAAUUUGCAGCAAGGCCGAUUUUGAAGUUUGCUUGUUAGGUGAUAAGAGGUGAAAAGUGCAGGGAUGAAAAAUAGGAAAUGUAAGAAAUUCAGUCUGGCUGAAAGGAUAGAACUUAGGGCAUUAGCACCCCUACUUUGUGUUGUACAAGUUACAGUAUAGAUGGUACCCCUUGUUAGGCUGGGUCCACACGAUCAAACUCGUUCAAUGUGAUGUCACAUCGAACAAAAUUCGACCACUGUAGGCUGGUUAUAUUUACGUAAAAAGAAAUUUUGCUGGACUAAAUACCUUGCAGUCCACAUGCAUUCUAGGUACACAGUAUUUGGAUACAUCUUUAAAACCAAAAUUUGUUAAAUACGUCAACGAAAGUGUGAAAUGUUAAACUUGUAUAAACAUAAAUCCUAGAUGACAAAGUGGAAGUUUUCUGGAAUCUUGUGAUACCCCAGUGUACUUCAACAAAAAACAUGAUGCAGAUAAUAAAGUGUAGCCUUAAAGAGAAAACCAGAAGGGGAAAACAGCAAUACGUAUAACAAUUUAAAUUUAGUUACAUAAUAUGCAGUUGUUUUAAUAAAUGUUUUAUUACUAUAUUUUUAUUGAUUGCCCUUCUCCUGGUUUCUAAUUUAAGAUUUAACCCUUACAUUUGUGAUACCUAUGUAUUAUGUUCAAGUGUGUUGGGGGAUAUCAUAAGAUAACGCUUAAAUCUAUAAUUUUCUCCAGGAUGAACGAAGGUGGAUGGAAGUAGUAAUUGGCAGGUUAUUUCCAUAAAUUUUUUGUUCCAAUAAGGGACUUGACACUUGAAUGAAGAGGAAAUUAUUUUGCAAAUUUAAGGCCAAGCAGUAGGAACCAAAUGGCCUGAGAUGAUACUUUUGAUCAACUUUGAGUUGUCAAGUGAUAUUCAAUGUAAUCCAUUAAGUGACCAUGGAGCUGGUCAAGUUUUUGUACCUAAUAGUAAUUGUAGGAGAAUCCAAAAUGGACUCAUUUUAGGUAGGUCUGUGGCAAUUUGGCAUCUGUGUAAAGUAUAGUAACAUGUUUGUAUUUUUGUUUUUUUUUUUUAAUCUGUGCCAGUUUUUGAAGUUUUUAUGCUUUGAUACAAUCAUUCAUCAACUGGGCUCUUAUCCGAUCUCUUCUGACUGCUGCACAUCUAUUGGUUGUGAACAGAUAGGUCAAGUCUGAUUUGUCAGUGUAAGAUGGUGUUCCCAUAUUGAGAGAUGUCUUGCUCAGCUUUGCACUAUCAGUUUGCUUGUUACAGCCUUGUGUAAUGCAUGGGAUUAGACAAUUCCAUUGGUAAAACCUAUUAGUAUACAUGAGUAUCUGUGAAAUGUCAAUUGUUUAGAGUUAAUUUUUUUCUAUUUUUGGAGAUCUGUGCUGUUGUUCCCAUUAUUCAGUGUUGCCUUUUAUGUACCUCUUUCAAUUGUAGUUAAAUUAUGCCAGAGUUGAAAAUGUAGAAAAGCAGUAAUAUGCAAUUUUAUAUGUAUUACUUGAAGGUUGGAAAUAGUUUACCUGUCCAUCACCACCUUGACGAUGAGUUGAGAAAGCACUUCUUACCUUUCUUGUACUGCAUAGAUAUACAGCCUUAUUCACUGGUGGUUAUUUGUACUAGUAGGUCAGUGAAAGUAAAGAACUUGCAGCAUGCAUGUUCCUUAUUUGUACAAUAGGUAACCCUUAGGGUAUAUCAGGGUGUAUUUUCUUAUUACAGAAUUAAGAGCUCAACUAAAUUGCACUUUUAAUGCUUUGCCAUUAAAGUAGUGUACAACCUAGGUGAACUUUUUAGGUCAUGAGAUUUAUGCUAUGGUGCACAUGUGAGCAAUGAAGGCUUUUGGAUAUAUUUGCCAAUCCAUCUCUUGUAAAGAUGACAUUUGCGAUCAUGAGUGUAUGAAAGCAGUUUUAUGUAUCAAGUCUUGUAUUUGAAGUUGAACCUCAGAAUAAUAAUGCUUUAGUCAUGCAUACAUGAUAAUACCUGUAUCAUAUAUACAUGAUAAUGCCUAUAUCAUGCCUAAGUUUGUUUAGGAUUUUAUGGGUUGCUGUUUGAAAUUUUUCUUUUUUAAUACAGUUUGUUUGUUUUAGCUUUUUUAAUAUUAGAUCAGGAUAAUGUGACAAAUUACUAGUGUGUAUUCCUGCAGUCUUGUAAUAUAGUAGAUAUUCUAUACACUCAGACAAAAUUUAAUUAUGCUAUUUUUAGUGUUACAUCACAACUGUUUUUACCAAGUAGUGUGAAUAAUUGUAUUAGAAAUAAUGUUGGUGGCAGAGUAUUUCUAUAAAACCUUCCUUAUUGCUUUGUAAUUCUUGUAGGAUCACCCCAUGUUCAGGGUUUUCGUAAAAUGUUGGAAGCUUUGUAGCACGUAUGUUGCAUAACCAAAGGAUCCAAUUCUGCCCUUUAAUUGAUUAUGAAUUUGAACAUUUUACCAAACUAUAGCAUCAACAUUUUUUCUUCUUUCAUGAAGAACAUUCUGUUUGUUCAUAUAUCUGAUAGCCAGUUAAAUGUCAUGUACCUCUAGUUUUCUAUACACACAAGGUGAUUAAAUAACAUUUAACAGAACAUCAGUUGUCCUGUUACAGUUAAUAUUUAAGGGUUACAACAUAUCCCAAGCAUAUAUGCAUAGUUGUCAUAAAAAAUGUAGGUAAAUGUCUACUUACUGAAUGACAGUUGCAUAAUCUCUCUGCAAUAGUGCAUGGAAAAGGGUUUGUAGUAGUGAUGGGAAUUAAAAUAUCUUCAAGUAGAUGAAACUGAAUAUGGUAGGAUAAACUCUGGUGCAGUGGGAGCACAGUCAUUCGCAGUAAAUGCAGAUAAUUUUUCACGAGUACUAGUUAUGCAAUCAUUAUGAAUAGAUAAACAUCACUGACGGAAUUUGGGGCAUUGUAAAUUUUGACACCAGUGAUAAAUACAAAAUGUUAUAGUUUUAUAGGAUAACUAGGUAAUAAUAGUUUGAAUUUAAUUUUUUUUUUUGAAAUUUAGGAAUAUAUUAAGUACCUCAGGGAUUUAUUCCAUCUAAUUAUCAAAUGCAGCUUCAAUUUUUGGUGAAAGCAGGGAAAAUUAAAUUCUUUUGUUGAAUGUUGGUUAAUGAACCUUGGUUAUUUCAAGGUUAAAAGAAGUAAAUUACUCUUACUUUCGAAGUACAGUCAAUGGGAUGGACUGCAAUUUAUAGGAAUUUUUUCAUAUGCCCUUGAAAUUAUAUAACAUAUAUAUAGUUAUUGCUGAAGUUCAGAUCUUUUGUCAAAUGAUAUAACUGAUGCAAAUAAUUGUUGAGGGGGUAAUAUGAGAUGGCCUAGUGUCGGAUUCUAUUUCCUGAGUGAAAAUACAGCUGUUUCAGAAAAGUCAUGUAUUGUGUGUUUCACAGUGUAUGUUAUAUAGUGAAUUAGUAUAAAAGUUUAUUUAGCCGAUUUAAUAACUUUUGACAAAUCAACCUCAAAAUUAAUUUUAUUUGAGCUAAAUAUUUUUGGCAAGGCUGUCAGUUGAAUGUGUUUGUUUCUUGAUGAUCAGUUCUAGUUUCACAAAUAAAAAUUACUCUUCUCUC